AUGGCGACCCUGAACCACGUCGACGUUGUCGUCGGUGGCGACGCGCACGCACUUCUCGGCGAGGUCACCGACCUGACCGGCGUGUCUACGCGCACCGAGGGACCAUUCCCCACCAAUCUCACGAACGGCAGCGGGAAAACGGUGUGCGUCGUGCAAUCUUGGUGGGGUGCGAGGACGUUCGGGAAGCUCCAAGUGGAAUUCGACUCGAACGGUGAUGUUACCAGCUGCACUGGCAAGCCGCAGUUCGCGUACGACUCGACGACGUUUAAAAACGCCACCGACGACGCGGCGUUCACCGCGACACAGAAAACAGCGAUGGUGUCGUACCUCAACACCCUGGAUAACUGGCACGAAACCACGCCUGAUCCAAGCACCGCGGCGUCACUGAAGGUGUACAAGGACCAGGUAUCCAUUCUUAAAGCCACCAAGCUGGCGGAUGUCCCUGAGAACAUCUGCUUCGAACGCAUACCAGGUCAAGGACGUUCUACGCUGUGCAACGUCUCCGCGUCGUACAAACACGGAGGCGCGGCGUGCCAACUCGUCGCGAAGGGUUUCCUGCACCGCACGAAGACAGCGGAUAUCGCGAUUCAGAACGGUGGGGGAUGCAGGGUGGACAUCGCGAAAGGCGACUUCACGAUCAACGACGGUUACACCAUGCUUCCCUUCAGCAACACCAUUGUGACGCUGAAGAUGACCGGCGCGGAGAUCAAAGCCGUACUGGAAGACGCUCUGUCGUCAUCGCAUGAUGGAGCCGACCCGUCCACGGGUGCGUACCCGUACGUCGCUGGCUUGCGCAUGGACGUUGAUAUGUCCAAGGCGAAAGGUUCUCGCGUCUUGAACGUGGAGAUCAACUCGCGUCUCGCCGGGAGCUGGUCCAAUAUCGACACGUCCGCGACGUACGAAGUCGCAACUAACAACUACAUCGCUGCCGGAAAGGACGGGUACGUGACAUUCGCCAAAAGUUCCGUGGCUGGAACCUAUGCGGACACGUACAUGGAAUACGCGCAGACCAUGAUCGAUUACGCGAGAGAGAUGAAGACGUUGGUCGCGCCGCCCGUGGCGGAAAUGAGCACGAAAUCGUACAUCAACCUGAACGGGACGAGCCACACGCCGAGUCCACCGCCGCCGACACCGCCGCCGAGCGGUGCGAGUCGUCUCACGCAUACCUUCACCUUUGCCGCUCUCCUUGCUGGGUUUCUCGUGCUUUACUAA